UAACUUUAAGAAUUCUUCAUAUGAAACGAUUUUUUCUAAAGAAAAAGGGCAUAACAGUUCGAUAAAUAUAUUUAAUGAUCAAAAAAAAGUAUUUUCUCAACCAAUCUUUAUACAAUCUUCAAAAAUCUCUUUAAAUAAUCCUAAUCAUUUGGGAAUCUCGAAAGAAUAUAUAAAGACACAAAGUUCUCUUUCUCCAUUACCUGUAAAUUCAUCUAUUUGGAGGGAAAAUUAUAUUUCUCAAAUAAAAAAGUUACCGUCUGAUGCAGUUUCUAUUACAGUUCCUUAUAAUUCUUCUCCUUCAUGGGCUAAAGAAUACAAUAAGUUAGAUUCAUUAAAGAAUGUUGAUUCUAAAAGCCAGGCUACAAGGAAUUCUCAUUUUCCAGUCUCAGUUUCUAAUUUUGACUCUAUAAAAAUUGAAGAUUUAAUUAAAAAAUUAUUAGAGGAGACUUUUUUGGAUCUUCAUAAGACAGAUGAAGAGGAAAAAGAUUAUAACAGUGAUAGAUUUAUUCCAGGCUUAAAAAUUAGAUUACUUACACAUCAAAUAAAUGGUCUUCGGUGGCUUCAAAAAAAAGAAGACCAUAAUUCUGAAGGUGAAAAAGGAGGAAUUCUUGCUGAUGAUAUGGGAUUAGGAAAGACAAUACAAAGUAUAGCUCUUAUUGUUUCUAGAAAACGCCCAAAAUGUUUUCAAAAUAUAUAUUCUAAAAGUACACUUAUAGUAGCACCUUUAUCAAUUAUACGUCAGUGGGAGUCCGAAAUUAGUAGUAAGACAAAUCUUUCUGUCUUGGUAUAUCAUGGUGCUGAAAGAAAUAAACAUUCUAAAAAUUUAAAAUCUUAUGAUGUAGUAAUAACUACAUAUCAUAUUCUUGCAUCCGAAAUAAAAAAUGCUCAUGGAACUAAUGUAUUAUUAGAAGACAAAUUUAAUAUUAAUUCAGAACUUUUUAAAAUAUCUUGGUGGAGAUUAAUUUUAGAUGAAGCGCAAAUUAUUAAAAAUAAAGAUUCUAAAAUAGCAAUUGCUGCAUGUUCUCUUAAAGGGCGUAAUCGCUGGUGUCUUACGGGAACGCCUGUUCAAAAUUCUCUUGAUGAAUUAUAUUCUUUAUUUAAGUUUUUGCGAAUUGAACCGUUAAAUAAUUUUUCUGUCUGGAAAGAACAGAUAUCUAAGCCAAUGUCUCAAGGAAAUUAUGAACUUUCAAUAAAAAGGCUUAGAAUUGUACUCAAUUCUAUAAUGAUACGACGAACAAAAAAUAUUCUUCAGAAAAAUGAUGAUAAAAAUGAUUUAUUAUUCCUACCAAAACGAAUUAUCAAAUAUGAAAUGAUUGAAUUAGAUAAACAUGAACGUGAAUUUUAUAGUAAACUUGAACUAUAUAUAGAUAAAAGUCUUUCUAGAUUUCUUAAAAAUCAAAUUAAAGGGAAAAAUUAUACUAAUAUGCUUUGUCUUUUAUUACGACUUAGACAAGCUUGUAAUCAUUUUGAAUUAGUAAAAAAGAAGCUGGCAUUGGAUAAAGAUGCUAUUGAUAUUUCUAAUUCUUUUAAACAUCUAUCUGAUAUUAAUUCUCUAGAUAAUAUGAUUUCAUCAUUUAACAGUUUAGAAUUGGAGAAUAAUAAAAAUAAUAAAUUUAGGUGUGAUAUUUGCUUAGAAAAAUUUUUUUUAGAAAAUGUUAAUUCUAAAAAAGAUAAAUGUGAAAAUUGUCGAAAAGCAUUUAUGAAAAAUCCAUUUUUUGAAGAUGAAAGAUCAGAUAUACCGAAAAAACUUGUGAUUAGUUCAAAAAUUAGAAAAAUGAUAGAAAUUUUGCAAAAUAAAGAUAAUAAUUUAUCUGAUUCUAAUCAUAAAACAAUUGUAUUUUCUCAGUUUACUUCUAUGUUGGAUUUGGUUGAGCUAUUUUUAAAAGAAGAAGAUAUAAAGUUUACAAGAUAUGAUGGUUCAAUGCCAUAUUAUUUAAGGGAAAAUGCUCUUAAGAAAAUUCGUGAAUCUGAAGACAUAAGAGUAUUAUUAUGCUCUUUAAAAUCAGGGGCAUUGGGACUUAACCUUACAAUGGCAAAUAGAGUAAUUUUAUUAGAUAUAUGGUGGAAUCCUGCAAUUGAAGAGCAAGCUAUUGAUAGGGUUUAUCGCAUUGGUCAAACAAAAGAUGUAAUAGUUUAUAAAAUAAUAGCCGAAAAUACUGUCGAACAAAGAAUAUUAAUCUUGCAGGAAAGAAAAAAGGAACUUAUUAAAGACAUAUUUGGCGAUGAAAAAAAUAAAUUAACUGAUAUUAAUAAACUUACUCUUAAAGAUAUAUUGUUUCUUUUUAAUCAUAAAAAUUGA